UGGUGCUUCCGCACGACUUGCAGCACUGAGAUAGCCGCUGCAGCAGACACAAUCGCAGUCUCAAGGGAGCUCGCGGGCACAGUGCGCAGCUGGACGUAGGUUUAACAUACCGUGGUUGACCUUGCGGCGUUUCUUGGGGCUCUUAGCCGAGUGAGCAUGGCCGCCGUUGUUCUCGGUCUUGUCGCGCUUUUCCUUGUCGUCUUGCGCUUCAGACUUUACGUCUUUGCCGUUCUCUGGCAUGGCGAGAGACCCGGGACGGGUGACGGCAGCAGUUAUGGGUGGUGGCGGUAGUAAUAGUGGUGAUGGUGGAGGGCGGGUUCGGAAUCAGUUCAAUGGGGCAGCAGCUCCCAUUGGACCUCAAAGGUUACGCAGGAGACGAGGGUUCGCAGAUCAUUUGACACCGGGGGUGAAAGGAUGUUAAUCGACCGCGGUGUGCUCUCGAGGGUUUGCGCAAAAGAUUGGGCGUGGCGAGUUUCUGCAGACAGAGUGGGAGGGAAAACGAGGUUGUCGCGUGCGGGCAGCCGGCGGGCUGAGUUCGGCUAUGGUUGCUUUACUUUGCUUGCGUUCGGAUUUGUCCCGCCUCGCAGUUCUCGAGUUGGACACGAAUUGCAGGGGAUCCGUUGGAAAACUGCUGAUCCCUCUUCCCAGUUCCUAGUCCUCGUCCUCCUCGUUUGUUCGUUCGCCUCGGGUCCGGGAGCCGUGGAAUCGUGGGCGUUUUCGAGCGUGGUCGCAAGUUCUGGUGUUGGUGUUGGUGGUUGGUGUUGGUGUUUGGUGGUGGUGGCUUUGGACCGUCAGUCGCAUGGAGAAGAAGAAAAAAUGGGUGCGGGCUUUUGGCGCAAUGAGCAAAUGAUGAUCGGUCCCAAGGGAAUGGGAUGGGAGCUGAACCAGGCGAGCCAGGCGAGAGGGAACCAACCUGGUACCUUGGCUGAAAGCUUCGCAGAAAAGGAAAAGGAAAAGAGCGACAACGGGCAGGCGGCGUAUCCGUACCCAAUUGCCAUGGGAAGUGGGUUGGCUAAUUGAGCACCCGGCAUUCCUUCCCACCCACCCCAUUACAUUAGCCUUUGGGACGAGUACAGGACAGGCAAGAUCGAUGUUGUUGUGUUCCUGGUAGUGGAAAGUACCUGACCCAGGCGGGGGAUGCUGCUUCGUCAUCUCAC